UCUUCCUCCAUCUCUCUCUCUCUCUCUCUCGCUCCCUCUGCCGUUUCUCUCCCUCUCUGUCUCUCUGCGCCUGACUCGACAAGAAAAUAAAAGCUGACUUUUGCCACAGUACACACACACACACACACUCUCUCUCUCUCUCUCUCUCUCUCUUUCUCUCGUUCUCUCUCUUUCUUUCUCUCUCUCUCAUUCUCUCUCUUUCUCUCUCGCACUCGUUCAACUCGCAUCCACAGAAGUAGUUUCUUUCCUCUGAGAGUUUAAAGCUUCUUAGUAAAGACCAGAAGACCAGAAACAAACUCUUUGAGUGGUUUAUCAGGAGAAUGCAGUUAGAUGUCUCUAAAUCCUAAACAAUCUGCUCCCCUUAUGUGGCUGGACUUGUGAAGAAACAAAGGAGAGGUCUAUUUUGGUUUAGUUGCAAUUUUUUCCCUAUGAUUAACAAUUCAAGAGUUUUGCUGAACAGGCUGACAAAGAGAAUUCAUAGCUCCAGGCUUUUAGUCUUCUUACUAACUGUUAGGCCUAACUGGUGGAUGUGUCUCCAGAGAUUCUCCCAGUGGGGACCUGAAACGAUUGCUGUCCACUGCCAUGUGGUGCUGAGCUUGAGAAUGAUGAUGUCGCUGUCCGCUUCAAUGGUGCUGAAUUGUCAACAUUACCGCUUGUUUGUUUACAAUAAUCACCAUUGGAUAUUUUACUUGUGUGACAACUUUAAAGUGUGUUUGUGUGUAUGCGUGUGUGCGUGCAUGCCUGCGUGUGUGCCUUUGUGUGUGUGUGUGUGUGUGCGUGAGUGUGUGUACGUGCGUGUGUGUGUGCGCGUGGGCGUGUGUGUGCAGGUGGACCGUACAGAGGUGAUCCGUAGCAGUAUCAAUCCAGUGUUUUCCAAGGUGUUUCUGGUUGACUUCUACUUUGAGGAGGUUCAGCGUCUUCGCUAUGAGCUACAUGACAUCAGCUCAGCUCACAAUGGACUCAGAGACACAGACUUCCUCGGAGCUAUGGAGUGCACGUUGGGACAAAUCGUGUCCCAGAGGAAACUGUCCAAAGCGUUACUUAAACAGGGAAACACUACCAGCAAGUCCUCCAUCACAGUAACAUCAGAGGAGUUAUCAGGUAAUGAUGACUACGUAGAACUCUCCUUCAGCGCUCGCAAACUAGACGACAAGGAUUUCUUCAGUAAAUCAGAUCCGUUUUUGGAAAUCUUCAGAAUAAAUGACGAUGGCAGCGGAUCACUAGUUCACAGAACUGAGACGGUGAUGAACGACCUCAGCCCGGUGUGGAAGUCAUUCAAGGUCUCUCUCAACACACUAUGUAGCGGAGACCAUGACCGCCAACUAAAGUGCACAGUGUAUGAUUGGGACUCCAAUGGGAAGCACGACUUCAUUGGAGAGUUCCAGACCACCUAUAAGGAGAUACGCACAGACCUGGAAGGGAGACAGAUGCAAUGGGACUGUAUAAACCCUAAGUACCAGGUGAAGAAGAAAAACUACAGAAACUCUGGUGUCGUCGUCCUCAACCACUGUAAGAUCAUCAAGAUGUAUUCUUUCCUGGACUACAUCAUGGGAGGCUGUCAGAUCCAGUUCACAGUGGCCAUAGACUUUACAGCAUCAAACGGAGACCCUGGGAACAGCUGUUCUCUCCACUACAUCCAUCCGUACCAGCCCAAUGAGUACCUGAAAGCCCUGGUGGCUGUGGGAGAAAUAUGUCAAGACUACGACAGUGACAAGAUGUUUCCAGUUUUUGGGUUUGGAGCUCAGAUCCCACCUGACUUCAAGGUGUCACACGAUUUUGCCGUGAACUUUGAUGAAGACAAUCCGGAAUGUCCCGGUAUCCAGGGUGUGGUAGAAGCCUACCAGGGCUGUCUUCCUAAGAUCCAGCUGUACGGACCGACCAACAUCGCUCCCAUCAUACAGAAAGUUGCUUCUUCUGCCUCAGAGGAGAUGCACACCAUGGAAGCUAUGGAGUAUUUCAUCCUGUUGAUCCUAACAGAUGGAGUGAUAACAGACAUGGCUGACACUAGAGAAGCUAUAGUACAUGCUUCCCACCUACCCAUGUCUGUCAUCAUAGUAGGAGUGGGAAACGCUGACUUCAGUGACAUGCAGAUGCUGGACGGAGACGAUGGAAUACUCAGGUCCCCAAAAGGAGAACCUGUUCUCAGAGACAUUGUCCAGUUUGUUCCCUUCAAAGACUUCAAACACGCAUCCCCGGCUGCGCUAGCUAAGAGUGUGCUAGCAGAGGUGCCCAAUCAGGUGGUGGAUUACUACAAUGCCAAAGGAAUCCAUCCCAAAUGUCUGUCUGACUACUACGAAUCUACCAGACCCUUCAGCCCCUGACCACACACAUACACACGUAUUAAUCACACACACAUUAAACACACACACAUACACACACGUUAUAAACACAAACUAAUACAUACUCACCCAUACACACACCCUGCAUACAGUAGUGUAGCUCAGAGAAGUAGUUUGGUGGGUUUAACUAUCAAUCAAUCAAAUGUGUUUAGAAAGGCUGGAACCUAGGAAGAAACCUGGAGAGGAACCAGGCUAUGAAGGGUGGCCAGUCCUCUUCUGGCUGUGCCGGGUAGAGAGGAAGCAGGUUAUGAGGGGUGGCCAGUCCUCUUCUGGCUGUGCCGGGUAGAGAGGAAGCAGGUUAUGAGAGGUGGCCAGUCCUCUUCUGGCUGUGCGGGUGGAGAUUAUAACGAUCAUUCAGAGUAUCUCUACUGCUCCUGCUGUCUCUAGAGAGUUGAAAACAGCAGGUCUGGGACAAGGUGGCGCGUCUGGUGAACAGGUCAGGGUUCCAUAGCCGCAGGCAGAAGAGUUGAAACUGGAGCAGCAGCACGACAAGGUGGACUGGGAACAGCAAGGAGUCAUCAGGCCAGGUAGUCCUGAGGCAGGAGAGGGAGAAGGAGAGGGAGAGGGAGAGAAAGAGAGAGAAUUAGAGAGAGCAUACUUAAAUUCACACAGGACACCAGAUAAGACAGGAGAAAUACUCCAGAUAUAACAAACUGACCCUAGCCCCCCGACACAUAAACUACUGCAGCAUAAAUACUGGAGGCUGAGACAGGAGGGGUCAGGAGACACUGUGGCCCCAUCCAAUGAUACCCCCGGACAGGGCCAAACAGGAAGGAUAUAACCCCACCCACUUUGCCAAAGCACAGCCCCCACACUACUAGAGGGAUAUCUUCAACCACCAACUUACUAUCCUGAGACAAGACCGAGUAUAGCCCAUGAAGAUCUGUCCCACGCCACAACCCAAGGGGGGGGGGCCAACCCAGACAGGAAGAUCACGUCAGUGACUAAACCCACUCAAGUGACGCACCCCUCCUAGGGACAGCAUGGAAAAGCACCAGUAAGCCAGUGACUCAGCCCCUGUAAUAGGGUUAGAGGCAGUGAAUCCCAGUGGAGAGCGGGGAACCGGCCAGGCAGAGACAGCAAGAGCGGUUCGUUGCUCCAGUGCCUUUCCGUUCACCUUCACACUACUGGGCCAGACUACACUCAAUCAUAGGACCUACUGAAGAGAUGAGUCUUCAGUAAAGACUUAAAUUUCGAGACCGAGUCUGUGUCUCUCACAUGGGUAGGCAGACCAUAACAUAAAAACGGAGCUCUAUAGGAGAAAGCCCUGCCUCCAGCUGUUUGCUUAGAAAUUCUAGGGACAGUAAGGAAGCCUGCGUCUUGUGUAGGUAUGUACGGCAGGACCAAAUCGGAAAGAUAGGUUGGAGCAAGCCCAUGUAAUGCUUUGUAGGUUAGCAGUAAAACCUUGAAAUCAGCCCUUGCCUUCACAGGAAGCCAGUGUAGAGAGGCUAGCACUGGAGUAAUAUGAUCACAUUUUUUGUUUUCUAGUCAAUUCUAGCAGCCGUGUUUAGUGCCAACUGAAGUUUAUUUAGUGCUUUAUCCGGGUAGCCGGAGAGUAGAGCAUUGCAGUAAUCUAACCUAGAAGUGACAAAAGCAUGGAUACAUUUUUCUGCAUAAUUUUUGGACAGAAAGUUUCUGAUUUUUGCAAUGUUGCGUAGAUGGAAAAAAGCUGUCCUUGAAACAGUGUCACGGUCGUCGUAAGAAGCGGACCAAAGCGCAGCGUGGUUUGAAUACAUUCUUCUAUAUUUAAUGAAGAACACUUAAACAAAAACAACAAAACGAAUAAGACGAACGUGACCUCUAUAUAAACACUGUGCUAACAUGCAACAUAACAUAGACAAUCACCCACAAACCCCAACAGAAAACAGGCUACCUAAAUAUGGUUCCCAAUCAAAGACAAUGAAUGACAGCUGCCUCUGAUUGAGAACCAUAUCAGGCCAAACGAGAAAACCCCACAUAGAAACAGACAACAUAGAUAAUACCCACCCAACUCACGUCCUGACCAACUAAAUAAAGACUAAACAAAGGAAAUAACGUCAGAAACGUGACAAACAGUCUUGAUAUGUUCGUCAAAAGAGAGAUCAGGGUCCAGAGUAACACCAAGGUCCUUCACAGUUUUAUUUGAGACGAAUGUACAACCAUCAAGAUUAAUUGUCAUAUUCAACAGAAGAUCUCUUUGUUUCUUGGGACCUAGAACAAGCAUCUCUGUUUUGUCCGAGUUUAAAAGUAGAACAUUUGCCGCCAUCCACUUCCUUAUGUCUGAAACACAGGCUUCCAUGGAGGGCAAUUUUGGGGCUUCACUAUGUUUCAUCAAAAUGUACAGCUGUGUGUCUUCCGCAUAGCAGUGAAAGUUAACAUUAUGUUUCCGAAUGACAUCACCAAGAGGUAAAUUAUAUAGUGAAAACAAUAGUGGUCCUAAAACGGAGCCUUGAGGAACACCGACAUUUACAGUUGAUUUGUCAGAGGACAAACCAUCCACAGAGACAAACUGAUAUCUUUCCAACAGAUAAGAUCUAAACCAGGCCAGAACUUGUCCGUGUAGACCAAUUUGGGUUUCCAAUCUCUCCAAAAGAAUGUGGUGAUCGAUGGUAUCAAAAGCAGCACUAAGGUCUAGGAGCACAAGGACUGAUGCAGAGCCUCGGUCUGACGCCAUUAAAAGGUAAUUUACCACCUUUACAAGUGCAGUCUCAGUGCUGUGAUGGGGUCUAAAACCAGACUGAAGCUUUUCGUAUACAUUGUUUGUCUUCAGGAAGACAGUGAGUUUCUGCGUAACAGCUUUUUCUAAAAUGUUUGAGAGGAAUGGGAGAUUCUAUAUUGGCCAAUAGUUUUUUUUAUUUCAUGGUCAAGGUUUGGCUUUUUCAGGAGAGGCUUUAUUACUGCCACCUUUAGGAAGUUUGGUACACAUCCUGUGGAUAGAGAGACAUUUAUUAUGUUCAACAUAGGAUGGCCAAGCACAGGAAGCAGCUCUUUCAGUAGUUUAGUUGGAAUAAGGUCCAGUAUGCAGCUUGAAGGUUUAGAGGCCAUGAUUAUUUUCAUCAAUGUUUCAAGAGAUAUAGCAUUAAAAAACGUGUGUGUCUCCCUUGAUCCUAUGUCCUGGCAGAGUUGUGCAGACUCAGGACAACUGAGCUUUGGAGGAAUACACAGAUUUAAAGAGGAGUCCGUAAUUUGCUUCCUAAUGAUCAUGAUCUUUUCGUCAAAGAAGAUCAUGAAUUUAUCACUGCUGAAGUGAAAGCCUCUCUUGGGGAAUGCUGCUUUUUAGUUAACUUCGCAACCGUAUCAAAAAUACAUUUUGGAUUGUUCUUAUUUUCCUCAAUUAACUUGGAAAAAUAGGAUGAUCGAGCAGCAGUGAGGGCUCUUCGAAACUGCACGGUACUGUCUUUCCAAGCUAGUCGGAAGACUUCCAGUUUGCUGUAGCGCCAUUUCCGUUCCAAUUUUCUGGAAGAAUGCUUCAGAGCUCGGGUAUUUUCUGUAUACCAGGGAGCUAGUUUCUUAUGAGAAAUGUUUUUCGUUUUUAGGGUUGCGACUGCAUCUAGGGUAUUACGCAAGGUUGAAUUGAUUUCCUCAGUUAGGUGGUUAUCUGAUUUUUGUCCUCUGACGUCCUUGGGUAGGCAGAGGGAUUCUGGAAGGGCAUCUAGGAAUCUUUGGGUUGUCUCAGAAUUUAUGGCAGGGCUUUUGAUGAUCCUUGGUUGGGGUCUGAGCAGAUUAUUUGUUGCGAUUGCAAACGUAAUAAAAUGGUGGUCCGAUAGUCCAGGAUUAUGAGUAAAAACAUUAAGAUCCACAACAUUUAUUCCACGGGACAAAACUAGGUCCAGAAUAUGACUGUGGCAGUGAGUAGGUCCGGAGACAUGUUGGACAAAACCCGAUGAUGGCUCCGAAAGCCUUUUGGAGUGGGUCUGUGGACUUUCCCAUGUGAAUAUUAAAAUGUUGAAUAUUGUCAGCCAUGACUACAAGGUAGGAAUUCAGGGAACUCAGUGAGGCACACUGUAUAUGGCCCAGGAGGCCUGUAAACAGUAGCUAUAAAAAGUGACUGAGUAGGCUGCAUAGAUUACAUGACUAGAAGCUCAUAAGAUGAAAACGCAGUCUUUUUUCUUUUGUAAAUUGAAAUUUGCUAUCGUGAAUGUUAGCAACACCUCCGCCUUUGCGGGAUGCGCUGGGGAUAUGGUCACUAGUGUAACCAGGAGGUGAGGCCUCAUUUAACACAGUAAAUUCAUCAGGCUUAAGCCAUGUUUCAGUCAGGCCAAUCACAUCAAGAUUAUGAUCAGUGAUUAGUUAAUUGACUAUAACUACCUUGGAAGUGAGGGAUCUAAUAUUAAGUAGCCCUAUUUUGAGAUGUGAGAUAUCACAAUCUCUUUCAAUAAUGACAGGAAUGGAGGAGGUCUUUAUUCCAGUGAGAUUGCUAAGGUGAACACUGCCAUGUUUAGUUUUGCCCAACCUAGGUCGAGGCACAGACACGGUCUCAAUGGGGAUAGCUGAGCUGACUACACUGUCUGUGCUAGUGGCAGACUCCACUAAACUGGCAGGCUGGCUAACAGCCUGCUGCCUGGCCUGCACCCUAUCUCAUUGUGGAGCUAGGGGAGUUAGAGCCCUGUCUAUGUUCGUAGAUAAGAUGAGAGCACCCCUCCAGCUAGGAUGGAGUCCGUCACUCCUCAGCAGGCCAGGCUUGGUCCUGUUUGUGGGUGAGUCCCAGAAAGAGGGCCAAUUAUCUACAAAUUCUAUCUUUUGGGAGGAGCAAAAACCGUUUUCAACCAGCGAUUGAGUUGUGAGACGCUGCAGAGCUCAUCACUCCCCCUAACUGGGAGGGGGCCAGAGACAAUUACUCCAUGCCGACACAUCUUUCUAGCUGAUUUACACGCUGAAGCUAUGUUGCGCUUGGUGACCUCUGACUGUUUCAUCCUAACAUCGUUGGUGCUGAAGUGGAUAACAAUAUCCAUAUACUCUCUACACUCGCCAGUUUUAGCCUUAGCCAGCAUCAUCUUCAGAUUAGCCUUAACGUCGGUAGCCCUGCCCCCUGGUAAACAGUGUAUGAUCGCUGGAUGAUUCGUUUUAAGUCUAAUACUGCGGGUAAUGGAGUCGCCAAUGACUAUGGUUUUCAAUUUGUCAGAGCUAAUGGUGGGAGGCUUCGGCGUCUCAGACCCCGUAACGGGAGGAGGAGAGACCAGAGAAGGCUCGGCCUCUGACUCCAACCCGUUGCUUAAUGGGGAGAACCGGUUUAAAGUUUCUGUAGGCUGAAUGAGCGACACCGGUUGAGCAUUCCUACAUCAUUUCCCUCCAGAAGCCAUGAGAAAAUUGUCCAGCUGUGUGGACUGUGCUAGGGGAUUUAUACUACUAUCUGAACUUAUUGGUGGCACAUACGCUGUUUCAUCCUUUCCUACACUUAAAUUACCCUUGCCUAACGAUUGCGUCUGAGGCUGGGCUUGCAGCACAGCUAUCCUCGCCAUAAGGUGAUCGUUCUCCUGUAUAUUAUGAGUACAGCGACUGCAAUUAGAAGGCAUAAUGUUAAUGUUAAUACUUAGCUUCGGCUGGUGGAGGUCCUGACGAAGCACGUCCGGGAUGAAAAAGUUGAAUGAAUAAAGUUGAGUGAGGGAAGAAAAAAAAAAACGUUAAUUAAAAAGUAAAAACUGUAAAGUUGGCAGGUAGCAAAGGAAGGUUAGCAACAAACUGCACAGCAGCACAUUAACAAGUCACAAGUUGUGACCGGAAAUUACGUCAUAGUGUAUUACAUAGUGUAUUACUGCAUGCUAGCCCAAUGAGUUUUAUAUCUUACAUUAUAUCACAUAGUCUGUGUGUAUAUACAUAACAACAAACAUACACACAAACAUAUACACUUGUUGACACACACACACACACCUUUUAAAGGUGACUUUUAAGAUUUGAACAUUAUUACAUACAGCAUAGGCUAAAUAGAGAUUAGUAAGAGACUUACCUUAUAAUAACAUACAGUAUUACUCCAUUGUCUAGGGUUUUGGUAACAUAGAAGACUUUGUAAACAAAUAAUGUAUAGCUUCAAAUCAUGUUUAGAGUGGUGUUGCUCUCAUGGAAUGUAAUUCCUUCAGCACUAAUGAUAUAUUUCAUAUAGAAUGAAAUGCUAUUUGCAUGUAAAAAUGUCAUUGGAUGAAUGUUCUCUGUUGUUUACGUUGGUGGCCCACUCUUUGAUGGUAUGCACAUCUUACAGAGUGUGGCUUUUAAGGGGUUAGGGUUGUAUACUGUAAGCUGUGUUAUAUACUUCCUUUUCUACAGGUUUGUUGAGAGUUUGCUAAAUAAAUAGAUCAUUACAAUUGUA